GCAGUAACAAAGUCAGUCUUAAAAUAUAUUAAAUUGAGGCAAGAAGACAGCUUUUGGGUCAAAUAUUGUUGGAAAGAAUCAAUAACCUUAAAAACCAAUUUGUCGUAAUAAAACCACAAUGGGUAUUAAAUUAUUAUGAAUGGUACCAAAUCGUCAGGACAAAUAAUGCAUCUACACAACAAUCAAGAAAAGAACCUACGAUACAGAAUUGAAGAUGGUCUAAUGUACAAAAGAGAUGUGGUGAAAGUUAAGAACGACAAAUGCACCCAAACGAGCAAUGUCGAUUUACUGGAGUCAAUAAAAAGGCUGGUACAUGACCGCUUUUCACGCUAUCGCGAUGCGUUUAUAAAAGACAAGUACUUGGAUCCUUGUGUAAGUAAUUUACAGAACGAAAAUAGAGAACUUCGAGAACAAGCGCAACUACUGCGAACCAAACUUGAAGUUUUAGAGGAAAAAAAUCUAAAGAGACGUACAAGUAAAUUCUAUACUUCUCCAGUAGACAGAAAAGAGUAUUAUUCAUCUCAAUCUUUAACUCCAAUUGACCUUAAUAAUAACACUUUAAGAGCUGCAAAGCCACAAAGAGUACUCUCAAAGCAGCACUCUUAUCAACCUCCAGUACAAAUGGUUUCUCCGGUGCAACAGCAGUCGCAAUAUGCCUACAGCAGUCAACAAUAUUCUCGAAGUAAAAGUUUCCUAUCACAUGAUAGUAAAACAGCCUACAAAAGACAUCAUUCAGUCCCCUAUCCACCAAAAUAUUGUAACGCUCCCGUACCAGCAGACUUAUUUAAGCAGGAUAUUUUAAUAAAACCAUCAAGUGAUAUUAUGCCUUACAAGGUUAACACGCAAUAUCGAGCAGUUGCACCAAAUCAUAAGACACAAGGCAAGACACGAUGGAAACCGUCUGCAUACCAAGCACGACAUUUACCCUAUGAACCAGCGCUGCCGACACAUAAACCAAUCUUUGGACUUAAGCAAUUGCAGAAAAGAGAGCCUGAAAUAAUUUCUAGUUUUUCCGAUUUGCCAAAACUUAAAGCAAGUAUUUCUACAAAUGGAAAUUCUGGUAUUAUUUUGACUUGGGACUUUGAAAACCUGAUCAGAGACUUGGAUGAGUACAAAAUAGAAUGCUAUAAGCUUUUUGCACAUCAAGCUAAAGACACUCAAACUAUUCCGCCAUUGGACGUAACCAUGUGGAAGAAAAUUGGUAUUGUGAACGCCUUGCCCUUACCUAUGGCAUGUACAUUAACACAGUUUGCAGCUGGCAAUGUUUACUUCUUUGCUGUUCAACCUAUUGAUAUUUAUGGACGUGAAGGAGAAAUGAGUAAUCCUUGUAUUAUUAGACUUAAUUUCACUAGUUAAAAGAUUUCUCUGCAAAGUUUCUUAAAGUAACACAAAAUUUUAAUUGGUUGAUCUAAUGUUUUCUAUCUAGUUUGUACUGACAGAUACCCAAUCGGAUUAGUCCUUUCCCCAGUUUCUAUGUAUAUUCGUUUCUAUCACUACGAGGGAAGAAAAUGGUUACAAAAGAAAAAAUUACGGAAUGAAAGAAUCAGCACAUUUUUAUUGACACCGUGGAAUUUAGGUCUAAAUUGAAUUUUCCUCUGAAUUAACAGGAAAACCACAAAUUUUGCGGAAAACAGAUAAAAUGUAAAAGGGAAGAUAGCAAUUACCCGGCCAUGUUGAAAAUAUUAUUUAAUAUUAUUUAUUUAUUUAUUUGGUCUUGGUUUUUCUAUUACAUUAGUUGUAUUUUAAGGCGUUUAAUUUUUAAUGAACAGACAACGUCCACUUAAAAGUUUUAAGACUUCAAUUCAUAACAUUCCGAGAGUAAAUAUAAAUAUAAAUAAAGCGAAAAAUAAAGUAAAUUAAAAAUGUGUAAUAAAUAGGAUAAAAAAAGAUUGUAAGAUAAGUAUUGGUCGCUAUGUGCCGAUAUUAGGCUUUAUGUGCAGAGACUUGUUAGGAGCUAUUUUUGAUUAAAA